AUGGCGGUUUUUGAGUCGUCAGGGCAGAAAGCUCUGCAAUUGGCUGAUUGGGUACCUUACUUGACGGCUGGAAGUCAUCAAGAUUCUUUUCUGUCUGGCUCAUUAUUUGGAAGUACUGGAACCAAAGUUACUGAACGGUCUUGGGAUUAUCAUCUGGCCACUGUGACAGAAACAACAUUGCUGGAGAAAACACCCGCAUUAGCUAUGGACUACUUGUUCUCAAUCGAAAAACAACCGUACUUAGAGGAAGAUGAUGAAGACUAUGAAGAAAGGAACAAAAAUCCUUUGGAGCGAGUUCUUUUGCGAUAUGUAGCAGAUCAUAUUACCGUUAGAGUUUGCUCUGGAGUUAUUCAUAGAACGCAAAUGAUCAUGAAAGCAGCAUCUACUUACGAUUAUUCACCGUAUAGCACGCAUUAUACAUCACAUACUACUGUCAAUGUAAAUGAAAACUCAUCAGAAGCAGAGCCACCAAAUUUGGACGAUGUUAAACUAGUUAUACCUCAACACACGACAAGAUUCACGCUGUUCCAUCCAACUUUUGAAAUUUAUCCAGCCAAUCAUUCUCCCGUACAACCAUCUGCUCUUGGUCGGAAGAUAUCGAGAUCAAAAAGCCGUACCCAUAUAUCUCCAGUUGGCCUGCCCACAGUGUGCUUAGUUAUCAAGUGGGAUUGCCUCGAUGCCAAAUUGACCAGACCUUUAACGCCUGAUAAAGUGAAACUGCUAUCAACAUUCAAACCGACUGAAUUAACAACUGAAAUCCUAAAUGAUUCAGAUACCAGAUUUACAUUCAAGGCUGUUGGGAUCAGUAGCUAUCUAAAAAUUGAUUUGCCUGAAACUGCAGCUGUGGUGAAUGUUUUGGAGCUGAAUAAGCUCUCAAUCGAUAGAGCAAUACAUAAUUUGGCUUACAGGACCAAAUCUGAUGUCUCCACCGAAAAUCAAGUUCACAUCGAAAAUUUUCUGUUGACGUUCUCCAAACCGAAGCUACUACUGUCAAUUGAAAUUAUCAACUCUUUGAUAAUGAGCAACAAUAGAUCACUCUAUCAAGUGUCCUACAACUCGUUGUUCAACACUUCACUUGUACAAGAUGCUGCCAUCGUUUCAG